UCUGCAGUCAGUAGUCACAACUAACAUCCACCAGUCCUCUUAGGUUACAGCAGCUGACUGUCACUCUUCUAGCCAUUAUAUUUGGAGGUAUGGGCAUGCACUGGCUCCUGAAUGUAUCUGUACCUGCUCCAGUGUUGGACUCAACCAAAAGACACAACAUCUUCCAUCACUUUCUGAUUCAAGUUAUAAAGUACAGUGUACUAGCAUUAUUAAGGUAAAGCUGUUAAGAUGUGUCAGAGAAAGAAGAAGCAGCCCCUUGCUACACUCCCAUAUCAUCGUGCUCCAACUUUCUUAAGAUUUAAUCCUUUCAUUAAAAAAGGAUAUCGUUCAAACUUGUCAACAGCUCAGUGUUUUCACAGUGUCCUUUCAUGGAAUAACGAGACAUUAAACAUAUGGUCUCACCUAUUUGGAUUUAUUGUCUUCUUCGGACUCUUUGUGUACGAUAUGACUGUAGUUUUCUACAAGUACAAAGGCACUGAAUAUGAUGCCAUUAUUGCAUCAUUUGUCCUCUUCUGUUUCAUGAUAUGUAUGCUGCUGUCGUCUCUCUACCACACCUUGAAUUGUCGCUCUGAAGACUCGUGCAGAAAAUGGCUUUCCUAUGAUAUAUUUGGAAUAUCAGCAUCUUUUCUGGCUAUCUUUCUUAGUGGCAUAUACUAUGGAUUCUGGUGUCCAGAGUAUCUCACUCAUCGCUAUGUAUACAUGAGUUUGGUGUGUUUCCUGUUCACGGGAGCUAUGGCGUUUCUUUUAACACCUAGACUGCUGGGAGAAGAGUGGGAAUGGGCUCGAGUAACUCUUUUCAGUGUGUGGGCAGCAUCAGGACUCCUUCCAACAAUCCAUUGGACAAUCCUACAUGGCGGCAUUGAUUCUGGCAUCGUACAGAUUUUCUUGCCACGCAUCUUUGUUAUGUAUGGCAUCAGUGGUACUGCUGUGAUUGUUUAUGUAUGGAAAGUUCCUGAAAGAUAUUUCCCGGGUCGCUUUGAUUUUGUUGGAGCUUCACACCAGCUAUGGCACGUGAUAAUUGUUGCUGCUCUAGUACACUGGCACCAAACAGGCUUGGAGUAUGCUCGGUAUAGGCAAGCCUAUGGAUGCAACACAAGUAUGAUAUUUCCAUGAAAGAUUUGCCAAAGGAUAUAUUAUUAAAUGGAAUUUCUUUAGCAAGACAUUGCACCAAAAAUACCUUGUACUGAUAUUUAUUAGCAGUGAUUACUGAAUUAAUAUCUUCUCCCACAUUUUCAUUAUAUUUGUUACAUAAUAUAUACACAAAUACUCAAUUUAUUUAAGUACGGUAUUAUGACAGCUGUAUUUAUGGUUGCUCGAUCUUACUGUGAUAAAGAUACUGUAAAAAAUGGAAGGAACUGUGGCUGUAGAUUUUAUACAUACAGAGUAUAGAAUUGAUUAUGAAAACUUUUGGUGCUCAAAAGCCUCUUCAUUAUUACCAGUAAGAUUGCUGUUGAUAAUCAAAUUUAACAGUCUUCCAUGAUAUGCCUACCUCAGAACUUCUGAUUCUGAUUAAAUGAUAACAUAAUAUGAAAAUUAUAGAUGCAAAAUAUGACACAUUACUUCCACCUCCUCCCCUAUAUUUUUUUUCUUAUGGGGUUAUAUAUUAAAUGUAUGAACUACAGUGCAUACAGUGGGGUAUGCUAUAAUGAAUCUAAUUGGUUCUAGAACCUUGUUCGUUAUAGCAUUCGUUCGUUAUAGGAUUAAUCCGUUCCAGGCCCCCAAA